AUGGGUUGCAGGCACUCCAAAGUGGAGGACGAGGAGGCGGUGAGGAGAUGCAGGGACAGGAGGAACCUCAUGAAGCAGCUCGUGCGCCGCCGUGUCGACCUUGCAGCCGCACACAUCACCUACCUGCAUGCACUCCGCAACACAGGAGCCACUCUCCGCCAAUUCGCCGAGGUGGAGACUGCAUCGUCACACCAGUCCCUUCCAGUCGUUGCCUCACCACCUCCUCCCCCUCCGCCGCCGCCGCCACCACCACCGCCUCCGGCAUACUCUGUGACUUCUUCCAUGCCACCAUACUCGGUGACAUCCUCAAUGCCGCCAUCACCACUCCCCCCACCACUCAUACCGUUUAGUCCGAUAAGGAUAAGAAAGAGGGAGAAGAGAGAUGGUGAUCUCGACGGGGAUGAUUCCACGGAUGAAGACGACGACACUGACAGCUGCUCGACGCCUCUGCCCCCGCCGCCGCCGCCCGGUAUGGAGUGGGAGUACACGGACCCAAUCACUAUGCGUCCCUUGGAUUUUCUUCCAUCUUCGUUGGCUGAUCGGGACGAUAAAGAAAUGGCCUCACAGGUCAGCAUGGAUGACGAUUGGGUGGAAACGAACAUAGAAUUUGAUGGACAGGAUCAAAGUGUCUCUGGCAAUGCUGAUGGCAUACUUAGGCGUGUGGAAUUGCAUCCAGCAAAGAGUAGGGUUAUGGGUGAUGAAAACUCAUCGAUGAUGAGCAGCUGGGUAACAAAGGACUCGAACUCUUCGGUGAUGGCCUGGGCGACUGACAAGUCACUGGUAGAAAUAGCCAAGGAGAUUGAUGAGUACUUCUUGAAAGCAGCCGCAAGUGGGACUGAUGUUGUUAUACUUUUGGAUUCUGCUACCGGCCGGCUAGAUCCCUCAGAGGUGCAAGUAAAGAAAGGAAAAAAUUCGAAGUCUGCCAAGGUUUUCUCUACACUUUCCUGGAGCUGGUCAUUCAAGUCUGUACAUGCUAACAGAGAAUCCUCAACUGAUGCUUGUGGAUACGGUUAUCAUGGCAAAACACUAGAUAAGCUUUAUGACGAGGAGCAAAAACUCUAUCAGUUAGUUAAGGAUGAAGAAUUUGCAAGGCUUGAAUACAGAAAGUACAGUUCAUUGCUAAAGAAGCUAGAAUCAGGGGAGCAUGAUAGGUUGCAGGCAGAGAAAGUUCGGGAAAAUAUCGAAGAACUGCAAACUCGGAUAAUGUCCUUAGAGGAAGCUGUAAGCUUGACAUGUUUGACCAUAUCAAAGAUCAGGGAUGAGGAGUUAUAUCCUCAGGUUAUUGAAUUAGCUGCAGGACUUGUGCAUAUGUGGAGAAACAUGUACGAGUGCCAUGAGGUUCAGAACCAUAUUGCCCAGCAAGCCAGUCUCCUUGGCAACCAACCUGGCAGUGAGCCGACAACUGACUCCCAUUGCUAUGCAACAUCUCAGUUGGAAGGCGAAGUCUCUGCAUGGCACAAUUCCUUCUGCAAUCUGAUCACCUUGCAGCGUGAGUACGUAACCAUCCUUAACGAAUGGAUUGGACUCACUGAUUGCCUGCCUGAUAAUGAAGGCUUCAUGAGAAGUUCAUCUGGAAUCCGUAGCCUCUGUGGGGAACUUGAGCACGCUCUUAAGAAGUUACCUGAGAAGGUAGCAGCAGAAGCAAUAAAAGCUUUUCUGUCAGUCAUACACUCUAUCGUGUUACAGCAGGCUGAGGAGCGUCAGCUGAAGAAGAAAUCAGACAACAUCGAGAGCAAGUUCCACGCCCAGCUGGAGAAACACAGCGAAAACGCAAUGCAGAGCUCAAGCCAGGGUUCGCACGCCAGGAGCUACUCAGUAUCGAAGGACGACCCGAAGCUGGACGUGUUCAGAAAGAAGGUCGAGGAGGAGAAGGCCAGGUACAUCAACUCCUUGAGGACCAGUCGAGCCAUGACGCUGAACCAUCUUCAGACGAGCCUUCCAAACGUGUUCCAUGCCCUGACGGGGUUCUCAGGAGUCUGCUUGCAGGCGUUUGAAGGCAUCAGCCGAUGCAGCGAGGCUGCUGCUGCUGCUGCUGCUAGCCACUCGGGAGCGGCUUCGCCCGCCGUCUCUUCCUGUGAUGAUCACCCGCUAUAUGAUGCUACAACAGAAAAGCUCAUGAAUACAAACAAGGUGGAGGUACAUGCACCGGCGAUGCUACAACUUAUAUGUCCAAUGCUCGUGAUGGAUUCUCAUAUUUUUAUUUAG